AGCUGUAGCAGAAGCAAAAAAAGCCAAAUAUCUCCCUAAAUAGCCAUGACUGGAAGAGAUUUAAGAGGCUUUGUAACAUCUCCAAAAACAGGAGGCAUAAGUGACUUAGUGGUUCGUAUGAAAAAUGGAAUUGGCAGCUCAAAAUAUAAACCUGUUAACUAUCAACAAUUACGCUCAGAAACCGAAACCAAGAAAUUAGCUUCUGCUAAUAUCCAAUUAAAGAUUAAGAAAACUCAACAUGCUGCAAAAAUAACAAAAGAGCAAAUGCUAAUAAAACAGCAUUCACAAGUAUGGUGGAAGGAACACAAAAGAUUGAAUGAAGGCAGAAAUAACUUGGAGUCACAGCUGCAAACAUUCCUUGAAGAGAGUAAAAUGAAAUAUCCGUUUUUUUCAGAAAUGAUUGUCUUUGAGCGGCAAUUAUCUGAGGAUAGAGAGCGAUAUAACGCAUGCACAGUACAUCCCAUCUGGCAGCUGAGGGGCGAUUUAAAACACAGGAUUUGUGAGCUGCAAUAUCAUUCUUUACACCAGUCUCAAAUGCAAAAUGACUUUGAUCCUGAGAAUAUUAUGCAGCAGGUAGAAAUUGUAAAGGAGCAGCAAAAUGCACUGAUUGAAAAACUUGCUGAAGAACAGUUGUCAUUAGAAGAAGAUCUUAAAAAGUCUGAAGCUCAGACAUUAAUAGAAUCAUGUGAAGAAGCCUCAUAUCUGUUUAUGGAAGUCCCAUCAGUUCUACAGGAAUUAGAAUGUCCUUAUCUAGAAUUAAAAUCUUCCUUAAUUUUGGAUUUUCAGCAACUUGCUGAAGAUUAUUUCUCUCAUUUACAAGAGCUUGACAGCCAAUCAAAAGAGAUAGACAGGAAUUGUAAAUGGAGCGAAAAAGACCAUUGGAUUUUUAAGUCCAUUAUCAAUCAAUAUCCAAAUGAUCUGCCCAACAGAAGAGCUUUAUACUUAGAUAUGUUGUCAAGGCAUUUGCCUAGCAAGCCAAGGCAGGAACUGGUUUGCCAUGAAAAGAUCUGCGACAUGGAUCAUUUCAAUAAAGAUCAAAGAAGGGCUUUUACGGAAAGUUACACUCGCUAUAGGAAAGAUUUUGUAAUAAAGGCACUGAUGACCAUAGCUGAAGCCUGUUCUGCAUAUGAGACAGAAAUGAUCCUGGCAAACGACAGAAAAAAGCAACAAGAGAUCUGCACAGAGCUUAAAGAGAAGGUUUUGCAGUGGAAAGCGCACCAGGAAGAAGCCGCAAGAUUAGAAUCUGCUAUAGCUGCAAGAAAAAAAGAACACGAAGAACAAAGCUUGAGACAACAGAAAGAAAUAGAAAGGCAUCAGAGAGCAGAGGAAAAAGAAAAAAUACAGAAGUACAAAUCUGAGAAACAGCAGGCGUGGGAAGAACUACAAAGGAAGGAUCUUCUGCGCCUGGAGCAGCUGAGGAAAAUAAUGGCAGAACAAGCUGAGAAAGACAGAGAAAGGGUUCUUUAUAGGCAGCAGAUGCUGGAGAAACGUCUUUUGGAAAGAAAAGAAAUAGCUUUGCUAGAAGAAAAGGAAGAAGAAGAAAGACAGAGACGGCUUGAAGCUCUUCGCAAACAGGUUGCUGUCAUGGCAGAGUUUGAUCCAGUCAGAAUGAUGAGUGACACAAAAGCAUCUAAAGCUCGUCUAGGUAUUGGAAUAGAAGAAGAAUUUUUCCUUCAAAAGCCUCUUUUUGAACUGCAUACAUACAGUGAACAACAGAUUAUCUCUGAUCCAAGAGUUCGAGUAGAGAUGGCACUUCGUGAAGCCGGACUUCAUAACACACGUUAUGCAAAGGAAAUAUUACCACAAAUCUUGCCACCAAGACCACCCAGGAGGGAUAUGGAGUCCACUGUUUUUAAAAAGUAA